AAAAUAUUUUUGUCAUUCACUUUGUAUGUGUACACUCGCAUAAUCGGCUUCCUUUCACGGUGCUCUUGUUGAGAUUUUCCGUCAUGAAGUCCGGAUGAAGACCAGUCGUGUUAUCAUCUUACAAAAUCGGAAAGAGGACCACCGACCAGCUGCUGGUGCUGCAGGACGCACCGCUGAAGUUGUCCACACACAGCACGGACAGCUGCCGGGCUGGGAAGUUGCCUGUUUCAUCACGCGCUCUAUCACUCCUCGAGACUCUGGUUGAAAGUUAUGGUUUUGAGGUCGGUUGUCAUAGACACUUGCACGAUGUUAAGGAGACCCUGCGCUUUCUAUGUGUGUGGAAAAUGAUUGCAACCAGCAGCGACCUUUUCAUUAUGGUGAGGAGAUGUCUUCUCACUUUCAAACCGUUCAGGAUCUUUGUGGUGGGGAUAGGCUUCUUCAGCCUGUGCUUUCUAAUGACCUCUCUCGGGGGCCAGUUCUCGGCCAAGAGACCAGGAGAUUCCCCGUUCACCGUGCGAGCCGAAGUGCUCGGUGGCCCAGAAUCUCGUGGGGUGCUGAGGAAAAUCAGUGACAUGCUGGAGGUCAUUAUGAAGAGGAUGGAUGCUCUGUCCAAACUGGGCAACGCCACAGACACCCACAGGCUGGAUGAGCUCAGCUCUGCCCUGGACAGGAUUCAGCCUAUAGGGCUAGUGGAACGGAUUCAGGCCAUAGCCCAGAACAUGUCUGACAUGGCAGUGAGGGUGGAGCACAUCCUACAGCGCAGCAUGGCCAGCAACAGAGUUCGGGACGGACCAUUAGGACAAUGUGAGAUUCCUAAAGAUCCCCGUUAUCCUGACUGUCCCAGCAAGAUGGAUUGGAUGCGCGCUCGUUGGACCUCAGACCCUUGCUAUGCCUUUUACGGUGUGGACGGCUCUGACUGCUCUUUCCUCGUCUACCUGAGCGAGGUGGAGUGGUUCUGCCCCCCACUGGCCUGGAGGAACCAGACUGCAACGCCCACAUUGAAGCCUCCGCCCAAGACACAGGCUGUUUUCCAGUCCGAUAUCGGGACUCUGCUGGAGCAGGUGGGCACUGGGAAGGAAUCACUGAGCUUCAUGAAGAGACGCAUACGCAGGCUGGCAGCACAGUGGGCCUCUGCUGCUCGACGGCUGGAUGACAAGUUCCGCGGCCACUGGAGAGAGCAGAAAAGGAUUCUAGUUCAUGUGGGCUUUCUGACAGAGGAGUCUGGAGACGUCUUCAGUCCCAAGGUGCUGAAGGGGGGUCCACUGGGUGAGAUGGUGCAAUGGGCCGACAUCCUCACAGCCCUCCAUGUGCUGGGGCAUAACAUCAAGAUCUCGGUUUCUCUCAAAGAGCUACAUGGGUUUUUAGGGGUCCCCCCAGGAAGAGGAAGCUGCCCUCUGACGGGACCUCUGCCCUUUGACCUCAUCUACACCGACUACCAUGGCUUGCAGCAAAUGAAGCAGCACAUGGGUCUGUCACUGAGGAAGCACAAGUGCCACAUCCGAGUGAUUGACACCUUCGGCACUGAGCCUGCUUACAACCAUGAGGAGUACGCCACCUUGCACGGCUACAGAACCAACUGGGGAUACUGGAACCUCCACGGCCAGCAGUACAUGACCAUGUUCCCCCACACUCCGGAUAACUCUUUUAUGGGUUUUGUGGCGGAGGAGCUGAAUGACACAGAGAGGCUGAACAUCCAGCGGAACAAGGUUAACAAUAUGGCUGUUGUGUACGGCAAAGAAGCCAACAUGUGGAAGCUUCAGGGAAAGGAAAAGUUCCUGGCCAUUCUGCAUCGCUACAUGGAGAUCCAUGGGACCGUGUACUAUGAGACGCAGCGUCCCCCAGAGGUUCCUGCAUUUGUGAAGAACCACGGUCUGCUGCCUCAGCAGGAGCUGCAGCAGCUCCUCCGAAAGGCCAAGCUGUUCAUUGGAUUUGGCUUCCCUUAUGAAGGUCCUGCCCCUUUGGAGGCCAUAGCCAAUGGCUGCAUCUUCCUACAACCCAAGUUUAAUCCCCCUCACAGCUCUCUCAAUCACGAGUUCUUCAGAGGGAAGCCCACCUCCAGGAAGGUGUCCUCUCAGCAUCCGUAUGCAGAGCAGUAUAUUGGCAGGCCUCAUGUCAUCACUAUUGACUUCAAUAACUCUGAAGAGUUUGAUGCAACCAUCCGUGAGAUCAUGGGGAUCAAUGUGGAGCCAUUUCUGCCCUAUGAGUAUACCUGUGAAGGGAUGCUUGAAAGAGUUCAUGCCUACAUUCAGAAACAGGACUUCUGUUCCCCUGAAGCGCCGUUUCCUCCAGUAAACUCGUCUGGGACUUGGCCCGGCAGCCCUCCCAGUCCUUUCAUCCUCCUGCCUAACUCAAGCAUCCUAACUUGGGCCUCCAACGCCAGCAACUACACAUCCUGGCCACCCCUCAGUGCUUUGCAGCUUUUGGCUUCACAGGAGGGCCAGUCAUGUGUGAUGGCGUGCCAGAGUGCAGGACUAAUCUGCGAACCUGCCAUGUAUCGUUUCAUCAACAUUAAGGAGGCCUUCAGCGCGCUUGACUUCCAGUGUGAAGGAGUGGAGUCCGAGAUGAACCACCUCUUCCCCGCCUUCUCAGUGGAGCACGCUGAAUGUGGCCUACAGCAGGAUCCGCUGCUCUUCAGUUGUGCCGGCUCCAGCGCCAAAUACCAGCGCCUUUGCCCCUGCAGGGACUAUCGUAAUGGCCAGGUGGCAUUGUGCAGAGACUGCCUAUGACCAGAGGAGGACCUGCGGAUGGAGAUUCUUUAAUACUUGGCGAGAUCCUGGCUGUCCAAUGAGACUGUCUUUGAAAAGAGAUGUGCUGUAACACAUAAACAGUGACCUCUGACCAAGGACAGGCUGCCAAAGUAGGUAAAAUGGUAUUACCUCUCAGGGAACUGCAUGAUUGUACUUUGAAUCUGUUGGGUUUGAAGCCUCAGUUUAAAGGUUUACAUGGCUGCUUUAAGACCACAGUCUUUACAAAAGGCAUGAUGAAAUGUGUCAUUUGAUGGACCAGUUAGAUUAGCAAUCAAAGGAAAGCUUUGAUUUAGAAAAAAAGUUACAAAUGCUUGAAUUUCACAAGUGUGUUUACUCAGUGUUAUGUGUGAAUACCUACAGUACCAUAGUGGAGUUUGGAUAUUUGUACUAGAUCCACCCAAAGCCAUUUACACCAUAUUGA